CCUACGUGAGGCUGGAGUUCCUACAGCCCGGAGUCUAAGGAUUAAUGGGGGGGGGGGAUGUUGAUUCGGGCAAUUUGUAAUCGGUAUUGGAUUCAGACAGGGCCUCGGAACCGGGGCUGGGACAGGAAGGGGGUGUGACCAUUUUGGAACAGCGGGCACUGGAAGCAGCCCCAACAGCGUACUAGUGAUCGAAAAAAGCGGAGAGACCCGGGGGGCUUCAGCGGGGGGUGCAAGGAGGGAACGGCAAGGGUAGGCGAUCCGAACCGGGUUCGGCGCUCCGGACGCGCCUGGAAGUGCAGGGAAGCCGCAGAAAGGCAGUUGGAGACAGCUAGCUAAGCGUGCUAGCGAGCUAACACAACUGCCGUAUUGGCCUGUUUUUCUCAGACGGAUAAGGGGAAAGUAAGCAAGGGACGGAAUAGAAUAAAAACGAAUAGAGCCGGCUAGCUAGCAAGCACUUAGUCAUACGAUCACGUCCCGAAAUCUCAAACCCGGUUCGGAAAGGCUGCAGAACACGACCUCAGGGUGAGCCGAGUUCAAGGAAUCCCCUACCCGGCCUGCGAUCAUGGGCAACGCGCCCACCGCUAAGAAGGGGAGCGAGAUGGAGAGCGUGAAGGAGUUUCUCGCUAAAGCCAAAGAAGAUUUCCUCAAGAAGUGGGAGAACCCAGCACAGAAUACAGCAUCACUGGACCAGUUUGAGAGGAUAAAGACCCUCGGGACCGGCUCGUUCGGACGGGUCAUGCUGGUGAAGCACAAAGACACGGGUCAGCACUACGCCAUGAAGAUCCUCGACAAACAGAAGGUGGUCAAGCUGAAACAGAUCGAACACACACUGAACGAGAAGCGCAUCUUGCAGGCCGUCAGCUUCCCUUUCCUGGUCCGAGUAGAGCACUCCUUCAAGGACAACACUAACCUGUACAUGGUGAUGGAGUAUGUUCCAGGGGGAGAAAUGUUCUCACACCUACGGAGAAUUGGCAGGUUUAGUGAGCCUCACGCCCGCUUCUACGCGGCCCAGAUCGUCCUAACCUUUGAGUACCUGCACUCACUGGACCUCAUCUACCGAGACCUGAAGCCCGAAAACCUGCUCAUUGACCAGCAGGGAUACAUACAGGUAACAGAUUUUGGGUUUGCCAAGCGGGUGAAAGGCAGGACCUGGACGCUGUGUGGCACUCCGGAGUACCUGGCCCCCGAAAUCAUCCUAAGCAAGGGUUACAAUAAAGCAGUAGACUGGUGGGCUCUGGGAGUGCUGAUAUACGAGAUGGCGGCUGGGUACCCCCCAUUCUUUGCUGACCAGCCCAUUCAGAUCUACGAGAAGAUCGUCUCUGGCAAGGUGCGGUUCCCGUCACACUUCAGCUCGGACCUGAAGGACCUGCUGAGGAACCUGCUGCAGGUGGACCUGACCAAGCGCUUUGGGAACCUAAAGAACGGUGUCAACGACAUCAAGGGCCAUAAGUGGUUCUCCACAACGGACUGGAUCGCCAUCUAUCAGAGGAAGGUGGAGGCCCCCUUCAUCCCUAAGUGCAAGGGACCCGGCGACACCAGCAACUUUGACGACUAUGAGGAAGAGGAGAUCCGAGUGUCCUUCACUGAGAAAUGUGCCAAGGAGUUUGCCGAAUUCUGAUAGAGACCGAGGGAUGGAGAGGGAGAGAGACAGAGAGAGAGGGAGGAAGGGAGACAGAGAGAGAGAGA